AUGGAGGCAGACGGGGACCUAAACCCCGACACAGACGACCUUCCGCUAAGAGCCAAUACUAACCACAUCCUCGUCAGACAUUAUGUGCUGGACAUGACUGUUCAUUUUGACCGGAAGGUGAUCAGUGGAAGUGUUGUUGUGUUCCUUGAUCCUUGCUCUAGAGAGGCUACUAAGGCUGAGGAUGACACUGGACCCGGAUCUAGUGAAGAAUCCAGGUCCACAGAUGCUGGAGAAGGUCAAGAGUCAGAGGGGUGCAGAUUCGGGGAUGUGGACGCAGUGGAGGAUGGCAGAGAAGGACUGACCGAGACGAAGAUGGAGAAGAAGCUUGUUGCUGAAGAUGAAAAUGCUCAGUCCACGCAUUCCUGGGAAACUACAAGUGAUGGUGAUUUCACCCUGAUUCUGGACUGCUGCGACCUUGAUGUCUCAAAGGUGGAAGAGUUGGACAUCUCUGCAGUUUCAGCCGUGUCUAACUUUUUACCUGAGCAGCCCAGUUCAUUUUUACAGAGAUCAGUGGAGUCUGCAGGUGAGGAAAACGGGCGUUGCAUCACCACUGGAGUUCCCUCGUGCUCUCAGGAUCUGCUACGAGACGAGGCCAACAGGAGGCUCUGUGAGGUGGACCAAAGACCAGACAACAGGGUGUGUGUUUACACUGCCGGUUCUCCCAUCAACAACCGAGCCCUCUUCCCCUGCCAGGAGCCGCCUGUUGCCAUGUCAACAUGGCAGGCAACAGUACGGGCCCCCACUGAGUGUGUGGUUUUGAUGAGUGGGGAGGAGCAGACUGCACCUAUUGAGGAUGGGGACACAAAUGUUUCAACCUGGAAUUACUACGUCACCAUGCCCAUGCCUGCCUCCACCUUCACCUUGGCAGUGGGCCACUGGUGCCAAGUCGCAGCAGAGGUUCCACCAUCAUUGGAAAGUGGAGUGAUUGACCGGACGGAUUGCGGCAAGACGGUCAAAGUCUUGGCUCGACACGGGGACUGGACUGAAGCUGAGCUUGUGUCUAGACUUGGAAAGUCCACCAGUGGAGUAGUAAAGGGCUCUCCAGUCCACACUGGCAGAGGAGACCAACCCGCCCGCGCAGACUCUGCAUUCUGUAGCUCUUCCCAUGAGGAUGAAGGGGUCUCUAAAACUGAUUAUUCAAGCAUGGCGGAUGACGGCAUCUCUUGUUCCCAUGGCGACUUCCCUUGCCGAUUUACUGAGCAGUCGGCUCGGUCCCAGCGGUUGCUCCCACACCGUGUGUUUGGCCCCGAAUGCUUGAUGCACAAUGCCCAGAUGGUCCUCAACCUGUUGCCUCAAUGUUUGGCUGCAGCCUAUGCCGUUCUCGGGGUCCACCCUUUUCCUCGCCUUGAUGUUCUCAUCGUCCCAGCAGGUUUCUCCAGCCUGGGCAUGGCCAGCCCGCAUAUCAUUUUCCUAUCCCAGAGUGUAUUGGGCACAGGGAGUUCUGGUUCUGGAGCCAACAGCCUCUCUCUGUGUGGGUCCAGGAUCUGCCACGAGAUUGCUCAUUCCUGGUUUGGUUUGGUUAUUGGAGCCAGAGACUGGACUGAGGAAUGGAUCAGUGAGGGCUUUGCCACCUACCUGGAGGACAUAAUCUGGGCUCACGCACAACAACUCUCCAUUCAAGAGGCAGCAGAGCAGUCUGACCUGAAGGCACUGCUGAGAUGGAGACGACUCUCUGAUGAGCUGCAGAACUCAGAGGAGGCACUUCAAAUCCUCAGACCCAACACAGAGAACACCGGUCAGGUCAGUGAGUCGGGCGCCUCCAUGGUUAAACAUGCCCUCAACCCUGACAAAGCCUUCAUGCAAGUCCACUACCUCAAGGGUUACUUUCUUCUCAGGUUCCUGGCCAGCCGAGUGGGAGAGCAACAAUUCGUUGACUUUUUCAGGUCAUUUGUGAAGAAAUACCACGGGCAACUCAUUUUGUCCCAGGAUUUCCUGCGAAUGCUGCUGAUUACCUUUCCCGAUAUGGAGAGAAAAGGCCUCACCCUCACUGCUGUUUAUGCAGACUGGCUUGAUCGACCGGGAAUUCCUAAGUGGCUGUACGAAAGGAGCGCCGUGUGGUCACAGACGAGACUGGUGGAAGAAGUCAAAGCAGAGGUUGUAAAAUGGAUUCUCCUCAGUCAGAGUCGUCAGGGGAAGGGCAGAAAGCGGAAGAGAAUAGAGCCCAAGGUGAACUACAAAGAG